GGCUCGAUACGCCCGAAGCCAGUCCCUCGCUCAAUAAUUACCGUCCCAGGGUGUAAAGAGAGAAAUUUCAAUUCCAUGGCGAUUUUGGCGAAUCCCUUUUCGAUCUCACUGUUCUGCUCCUCGAAGCCAUGCUGCAGGGAGCGGGCGCUCUGUGCUCAGAUCAAAGGAUGCGAGCUCGCAGAGAAAUUUCGCCCCUUUACGGCCAAUCCGCAUCCAUACGCUCUGCGUUGCAGUUUCGCUCUGGUUAACUCAAGUUCAAUCCAUGAUUUACAGAGGUGUAGAAGCAAUCUUGAAUCCCUGUUCUGCUACGAUAAGUCUUAUCCAGAGGAGAAUAUAGAGAAACCAGUUGGUUUGUGUAUGGAUAAGAAGGAAAUAGGGAACAACCCACCUUGCACUGCUUGUGAAGUCAAAGGUGCAGUGUUAUGUGCUACUUGCGAAGGUUCUGGUUUAUAUGUUGACUCAAUCCUGGAGAGUCAAGGAAUCAUCGUGAAAGUUAGGUGCCUAGGUUGUGGCGGCACCGGCAACAUUAUGUGCUCCAGGUGCGGAGGGCGAGGGCACAUUGGACUCGAGUAAGAAAAUUUGAUGCAUGGAGAUGGAGUUCAACUGCCUCAGCCGCUCGCGUAAGCAUGAUCCCAUCUCUUCGUUCGCAGGGCUCUCCAUGGCUCAGCCGCUGCCUCAGCCGCACGCUUGAGGCCAAGCCAUGGCGUUGCGUGUCUGGUUUUCAAAAUUAUUUAGAACCAUUCCGACGUAUAUCAACAAGCUUAAUUGAGAUUUCUUGUGGGAUUACCAUAAAGUAGCCAACGAAGAAGGCGUAGGCCGUGGCGUCCGCGACAUGGCCCUUGUGCGACGCGAGCACCCACGCCCCCGCCACCACGGCAGGGCAGCCACGCCGCAGAGGAAGCAGAACGUCCCCGUCAGAUCAAGUUCGAUCAGCCUCGCCAUCCCCGUCUUCCUGAACAGCUCCCAAACCUCCGCUGACGACCUGCGCAGUCCCUUCCAGAGUUCCAGUGCGCCCCCACGUACACCAACCCCCAGCGGUUGCUGAGUGCAACCAUCUGCUCUGCCACUCCCUCGAAGCAGCUUGCGCAACUCAUUGGAGUUGCGCACCACCAGAUUUAAAGACGGCCGGUUUAUAGGUAGGCCGAAAUGUCCAAUCCACCUCGCAAUCGAUCAGUCAUAGGUCCAGUCAGAAUGAGGGUGGGUCUCCAUGAUUCUCACAAAUCUCUCUAUGUAUGUCCGACUAGAUAAAAUGUCAGCUGGAUUUAAGACACUUAGAUUCAUAUUGAUUCCCAAACGGAUUUUUAGCACGCACAA